CGUUGGCCAAUACAGGAACCGCCUGGAGAUCGGGAAGACCUGGGUUCGAUUCUCCCUUGGGGCAUUUCUGUGUGGAGUUUGCAUGUUCUCCCCGUGUGCGCGUGGGUUUUCUCCGGGUACUCCGGCUUCCUCCCACAUUCCCAAAAACAUGCAUGUUAGGUUAAUUGGCGACUCUAAAUUGUCCAUAGGUAUGAAUGUGAGUGUGAAUGGUUGUUUGUCUAUAUGUGCCCUGCGAUUGGCUGGCGACCAGUCCAGGGUGUACCCCGCCUGUUGCCCGAAGUCAGCUGGGAUAGGCUCCAGCAUGCCCCCGCAACCCUAAUGAGGAUGAAGCGGUAUAGAAAAUGGAUGGAUGGAUAAAACCAAAUCUGCGAAUGCAAGCAGUGCAAGAUAUCCUUAAGAAGAAUAUAUAUUAACGACAAAUAUUGAGCCUUUGUCGUUUUGCUUUCAUACACCAACACCAACACAAGUACUGUAAUAAGCUCAGGUGGAAGAAACUGAGUGUUGUGCAAGUCUUAAGGGAGUCUCAAGUCUUUAAUCUCAAGUUUCAAGUAAAGAGGCGCAAGUUCAAGUCACGUCAUGGGGGCACAUUUUACUCAACACAUUCACUGAAAAUCUCAAUUAUUUUGAAGCCAUCAGAGUAAAGUCUGAGUGAAGUCACAUGUCAUUGAUGUCAAAGUCCAAGUCGAUUGUAAGUCUUUGAUGAUACUGUCGAGUCCAAAGUCAUCAAAAUUGUGAAUCCAGUCCACAUCCGUGGUGAUAAGUAAGGGCAAGGGAAGACAGUACUUCUGAUUUGAGGUGAAAUGGGCUUUACAGGAUGCCGUAGUACAGUGUGGACUAUGUAUUGCCAGAUUUGGUCUUGAGCGUGUGAUCCAAGAAGGCUUAAUAAACAAGCCAGACAUAGCAGUUUGUUCCGUGCGCCAGGUGGUACGCUAACCAGACUAGUGUACGCAAACCAAAGCAACAUUUUAGGAAACGAUGUGUAAGUAAAAACAUUUACAUUGACGGGGAACAAGUAUUUACACAAUUUACAUUUCAGUAAUGGCAUUGUUAAUACAUUUGAUAGACUAUAAUCUAAGUCAUCAUUAUCACUGACUUGUCAUUCAUUCAACUAAUCAGCCAGAAAAACAAGUUAGCUUAAAGCUAUAUUGUGGCAGUCCCACACAAUUUGUGAGUCUUGUCCAAAGUCCUGUUUAUUUACAACAACCAGUGUUAGAAAUGUACAACAUUUUAUGACACUUACCUGCUUUUGUUUUUGGGGAACUUGAAAAAUGACAAAUCUGGUCUUUUGGAGCAUCUAUUAGGACAUGUUUACAAUGCAGUGUUUCUGCAUUCUGCUCACCAUCAUGGAGGCCAAACCUGUGCAGCGCAUACUACGGAAGUGGAUGAUGCUAAGUCGGCAGUCCUGUUAUUAACUCUACAGUCCUUGAUGAGAAUGAUGAAAUGUCGUUCCCAGGAUGAACGGACAAGAGACGUGUGAGUUAUUGGAGUUGACAGUUGAGACCAAUUUUGAGCGACCCCUUCCUCCUCCUCAGCUAGUAGCCAGAAAAUUAAGGUCACUUGCUGUCCAGACCAUCCAGUCCUGGCAGUCCUCGUAUGGGUCAGCAUAUAAGAAGUUGGAGCUGGGCUACCACUUUCUCAAACACUUUAAAAAGGUGGACUUUCAGGAUGCCGAGGCCAGGACAGUAGCAGAGAGGGAAAGAGAAAGAGAGAGACAAAGGAAAAUGGAGAAGAUAUACAAUGAAAGAUUGAAAGCAGCCAUUAAAGACUUGGAUGACUCCUCCCCGGAAAUUGAGGUAGCAUUGACAGAAUUGGAUUCCUGCCUGUCGCUGCUUUUCCCUCAAUUUGACCUUUCAGGCGACAAAGAGACUAACCAGCUAACCAGGCAAACAACCAUCGCAAAUUUUUCUGACGAUGAACAGCCCUGCUGCAGCAAAAAUCUGACCAAUGACACCCAAGGCAGCGUGCAAGGGAACAAGGAGAGGACGGGUGAAAAUGAAGAAUCCAACUGCAGUGACAAGCUGGAGGAGAUGGAAGAAGGGCAACGUCAUCAGAUGAAACCGAAUGAGGGAUACGUAAGACAUGAAGCAGAAGAUGACCCUCUUCAUGGAGACGCGUUUAUUCAAAACUCUGGUCUUAUCUCCCGCUCCUAUUGUCUGGACUUGAACCUUAGUCCUGGUCUUCAUGUAGCUGAAACUGAGGAUAAUGAAGCUGUAGUGUCAACAUUGUUAGAUCUACAAAGACUCCUAACAAGCAAACAUCUACCAGCUGUGCGUCAUUGGGUUCAGGUCUUCACCAAGUCUGGUGCAGACCAGCGUCUGUUGAGAAGAGCGCUGGAUCUAAAGAGUUCCCUGGAAGCUGCCCAGCAGAAGCUGAACAAGCUGCAGAUUGACUCCAAACGCAGAGUCAGAAAAGUGGUUUCAUCAGAUGGUGAGGAGGAGGAGGAUGAUGAUGAUGAUUUCAGUGAGGUACCAGAGAAAGAAGGAUAUGAGCCGCAUAUCCCUGAGCAUCUACAGGAGGAAUAUGGUUUGAAUCCUUCCACAUCCACCCCAGCAUUGGCUGUCACAAAAAGAACUCCUGUCCAAAGACCUUCCACUCCACCCCUAGCUUCAUCCUCUUACUCCAGGAGGCUAAAAAGACUCGAAGAAGAAGAGGGUGAUCCAACUUGUGCGGCUGCAACAUUAAACGUCCUUCGAAAAGACCUUCGUCUUACUGCCAUAUCCAGCAGCUCCUCUGAUCCCACUUCCACUCAGUCCAACUCAGACCAAACAGCUUCAAAGGCUCCUGUGGUUCCAUUUGGUUUAGAUCUGUACUACUGGGGCCAGGAGCAGCCCAACUCUGGAAAGAUCAUCAAAUUGGCCUCUCAGCACCAGUUUUGGGUUCAUUCCAAUGUGGAAGAGGAGGUGGAGAACAAGGAGAUGCUGGCAGAGAGCAGAUGCAGAUACAUUUCCUUCCCUGGCCAAUUCACUCCUGUUAGCCAUUACUGCCAUGCACCGUUAGGUGAUGGGAAGCUGUGUAAGAGACAGGACCGGCUUAAGUGCCCUUUCCAUGGGCGUAUCAUUCCUCGAGAUGAGGAGGGCCGGCCUUGUUGUCAGGAGGACCGUCAGAGAGAAGAGCAAGAGAAGAGGAAGAAAGACCACAGGAAUGACUGGCAUGAUGCAGAGCUAGCUCGGGACAUCGAGAUGCAAACAGGAGAAAACCUCGGUUCUGACAAGAUGGGCAAAAGGGGGAAAAGGAAAAAGAAGACUAAAUACCCCAAUCUCAGCAACCUGAAGCACAGUGCCAACACAUCACGAUCUCGGCUGGAGAGUCGCGUAUUCAGCAAGAGUUCCAUGCGGCGAGUUGCUCAGGCCAUGAGUAAAGUAGACGGCAGGAAACACGAAAAGUUUUCCAACCAGUUCAACUACGCUCUCAACUGACCUUCACAGUUCUUGCCGUGGAAUUCUAACCAUGAUGACAGCACUGUAAAUUCGUUAUGUAGCCGAUGCUACUGCAGCCUGAAGGUUUGGGUGUCGUAUAUCAGACCUACACAUCAUCGAAAGGCAACAAACGUCAGAAUUUGAUGUCAAAAUAGACGGGUGUUAAGAUAAAUGGUGGAGGAGAAGGAGAAGAAAAUGUGUUUCCAUUAUUACAUUAUCAAUAUUAGUUAUAAUUAUGCACUAACACACGUGUUUCUGCUAAGAUACAUAUUAAUGUCACACUGACUUGCUGUGAUUAUAUAAUCCAAACAAGUCCUCCACAUGCAUAUCACCUGUUUCAAAUAGCCUUGGGCGUCUAGGCAAGUGAGUCUGCCCCUCUGAUUUUCCCUUGUGAACAUAGUCUUUUGUGUAUUAACACAUGGGGCCUAAAAUCACACAAAACCCUUAUUUUUACUGUGAAAGUCUCUCGUGUGUGUGUAAGUUAGAAUGGUAUGCUGUGGUUUAUUUGGUCCAGCAACCAAAUGGCCCGUAAUGCUUUGAUUGGUUGAUGAUGAUGAAGCUGGUGUCAUGACUCAUUGCCUGUUUACUUUAGCUCUGCAAGUGGAUCCUUCUCCUGACGGCCUUCAGCAAGCAUGACGGCACAAAGACAAAAUCAAGGGGGAUAUUAUUGAUCGUAUAACGGAUUUGUCUUAUCUGAUUUAUACCAUUUAAAGACUUGAAUCUGCACUAGUGACGUGACGGCACGGUCAUUGAUUCUAGUGAGUUUUAAUUUUUACUUUUACUGUGUCAUAACUUGAAAAAAAGUGGCUCUGUAAUGACUUAUUUAUUGACGUUAACCUCACAGAACUCAGUCUUAAAUGUCGAUUGAGACGCAGAAAAUGGGAAACAAAUACGCAAACUUUCUCGUUUGAUCGCAUGAAGGAAAUGGUUCUUGUGCUAUAAUGUUUCUAAAGGAUUGAGUUGUACUCGCAAGUCAUUUUAUUUUUAAUUGUAUUAAGUAUAAACCACAUAAAAUUGUAUUUCUGUAUUUUGUGCUCAUCAGUGUGAAAGAAAUCAGUUAUUUAAAAACAGCAAGCUUAUUUCAGUGCACUUGCUAGCAAUGCUGCUAGCAAGCUGCCAGCGUAAGCUUUCUAUGGAUGACACCUGACAGGAUGUGUGUGUACGUUGCUGCAUUCAUCUUUCCAGCGUCCCAGUUCCUGCCCACAGCAUGAUGGCCAGGGGCUUUCCUCCAAAUAUGACUGGAGAAUUUAGUUUCUCAUGGUCUAUGAGAAGCCUUCAGGUGUCUUUUGGCAAACUCCAGGUGAGUUGCCACGUGUCUUCUACUACACUCUACCAUUCAAGCCUAAUUGGUGGAUCGCUCUAGAGAUGCUUGUCCUUCUGGAAGUUUCUCCUCUCUUAAUACUAUUCUACUCCGAUAUUUCAGCCACUUUUCUGUACAGCUCACCAAGUACCGCUUCCCCGAAAAUAUUCUAAUUAAUUUAUGCCGUUAUUUGCAAUCCACGUUGACGUGAGAGACAAAGAGCACCAAAGCCAUCCCAGUGCACAUGUAGCUCCUCUCUACCCUGGGAUUAUGUUUUAUGUUUGUAUUUUUAUUAAUAAUGUUGGCAGUGUUGGAUGCAAUCAUUUACUUGGCCCCAUCUUAGAUCCAAGCUAAUGACCGCGUUAGCCAACUGGAGGACCCUGCAGGAGCAGCACAACAACCGUACCCAUGUGCAUCGUUGAACACUGCCCAGCGCAGGGGGGGCACGGGCCAUCAGGCGAGGAGUCCCUCUGCAGGAACCCCCCCAGAGCAGACCAGCCGGGCCCUUAUGCAGAACCUGACCCGCCUCUCAAUGAUUGAAACAUCUUUAAAGUGAGACAUCUCAUCAUUCAACAUUUGAAUGUUUAUUUAACAUUUAUGAUGCGCAUGUAGAAAUCUGUGCCAGUGACUCGUUGGUUUAUUGUCGAGCAGGCAUCGGGAAUCGUUUUGGCUAAGAUCCAUGAAAGAGACAUACUUUAAAAUGUAUUUCCGUGAGAGCCAUAUAGUAUUUUUUAACACUAAAUACAACUAAAUGCGUGCAACCAACAAUUUUAGGAUAUAACAAGUCUCUGAAAUGAUUCUUUUUAAUAAUGUUAUACUGAAGCUAACCAAUAAAAAUACUAUAAUAAUAAAAUACUUCUUACCAGUGACGGAGCUACGGGGUGGCCACCCCCACGGCUGGGGAGGACAAUUUUGACUAACCGGGCGAAUUUCACUGCCGCACACAACUUUCCGUGUGGAGGAGCUGUGAAUAAAACCGCGUCUUGCAUGAACAGCAAGCGGUAGGUAAGUUUUCCAUGAUUACUUUGGUCGGCUCCGUUGACUUCGAUUCUGAAGCGUGAUUCAGCAUAUACUGUACAUCUGUUAAUCAUGGAAGCUCCCUGCAGCAGCAUGAGUGGGCUCAUGAGUGGAAACAAAGCAGUCUAGAGUUAAAAAGGAGUGCUGAUCGGCAUCCACUUCCGUAUUAUGCCCUGCGCCGGUUUGGCCCCCAUGAUGGGGAGCAGAAUCCAGAAACGAUGCAUUGAAAACAUGUUCUCGGCACACUGCCCAGCUAUUAAUGGCUCCAAAAGCAGUGGCGGAGCUACAGGGUGGCUAGUGGUGGCCGUGGCCACCCAUGGUCAUUCUCCGGCCACUCCACUGACCAUCUAGACAAUUCCGGUAUGAACUUAUUGCCACCCGUAUGAUCAAUCAAGCACCUCCACCCGGGUUUUUGUUGAAGCUGCAGUGUGACUGGUUGAAAGACUAGCUGCUUUUGUCGUGUGAGCGUCUGCGUUGGAAUAAUCCCUCAUCAUGCUGUGUCCCCUAUGAUGUUGGCGAUACGGGUGUCCAUGGGCCAAAGCUGGCUUGUCCUCCAGUCAAAGAUACAGUCAUUUGUGUCGGUGGGCUGUGACACGUUUUUGGGCACAGGAUUUGAUGUCAAAGCAUUUAUUUUUUUUUACUUCGGAGACUACCGGUGCUCUUUUCUCAUAACCAACAGAAUUUACUGUACCCAUUCCAUCCUCCCAUGUCGGUAACAUCUGCAUUAAGUGUUCCAAACAGUGUUUGGUUGUUUUUUUUGUGUUUGUUCUUCUCCUAAAAGUGUCUCCUAAAAGUAGACAUCAGGUCUGGACUUAAACGUGCCGUCUGUCCAACACACAGCUGCAAAUAGGUGCUGGAGAAGAAUGCGCCAUAAAGAGACAGCUGCAGCUCACUUUGUGUUGCAUGGGGGAAUUCCGCCCACAGUGAAGACUACGGCGUACGUGUACGUUCAGGUGUAAAUACCGCGUACGUGUACGUUCAGGUGUAAAUGUAGUUCAUGUUUAGAUUUAGUGUGUGCACACUGUGUGGUUAUUUAAAUUGUUUGAUGUUAACUGUUGUAUAUAAAUGUCGUAUUAUUAUUUGUUGACUUAUUUACAGCAUUUUUUAUUGUGAGGCAAAUAUAUUUAUAUUGUAUUAUGGAUUUUUUGAAUUGAAAAAAUAUAAUUUCGCUGAAAAACUAAAAAGAAAACAGCAAAAAUGAAAAAAUCAGCAGUAAUUGUACAAGAAUGAUGUCAUAAUAUUAGGAGGAAAAUUAUGUAAUCUAACAAAAAAAAGUUGAAAUUUUAGAUAACAUAAUAUUAUGAAGAAAAAUUAUGGAAUUAUAUAGUCAGCAUAGAGUUGAAAUAUUAAAGAAAAAAAUUAAGGAUUGUUAGGGUCGCUGGGGUAUGCUGGAGCCUAUCCCAUCUGACUUUGCGUGAGAGGCGGGGUACACCCUGGACUGGUCGCCAGCCAAUCGCAGAAAGUUGUAAUAUUUUGGGAAUAAAGUUUUAAUUACAAGAAGGAAAUUUAGAAAAGAGGAAAAGUUCAAAUACAGUGGUACCUCGGUUAACAUCCACCCCGGUUAGCAUGUUUUUUGAUUAACAUCCAACAUUUUUGCUAAUAUUUUGCCGUUUUUUUAGCAUAAAAAAUACCGUCCUGUUUGUUUAUCCAUCCGGUUUGUCCACCAUCUUGGAUCACACCGCAAGACAAAAUCUUUCAAUUAAUUUGAAUCAGACCUUCUGGAACGGAUUCAUAAUGUUAACCAAGGCACCAUUGUAGUUGGAAAAUGCAGAAAAAAAACAGCAAAAAUUGAAAAAUCAGCAAAUUGAAAUUUUACAAUAUCAAAAUCGUAAUAUUACGAGGAAAAAUAAUGUCAUUUUAGUAGCACAGAGUUGAAAUAUUAACAAAAAAUACAUUAUUUUCUAAAAGCCAUAAUAUUAUUCAAAACAAACAAAACAAAAGUUGUAAUUUUUGGAAAAUUAGGUAGCAGAAAAAGUCAUAAUAUUGGAAUAAAGUCACAAUAUUACGAGAAGAAAAUUCACAAGGAUUAUUUAAGUUGAAAAAUAUAUUUGGAAAAUUUUAAAACAACUGCAAAAAUUUGAUAAAACAGUAAAAACGGACGUUCAUACUAAUAAUAGGCUUUUUCACCCAUAUCACAAAGCUGAGAUGCAUUUUUCUCUUAAAAUAUACUGUAUGCGUCUUAGCAUAUCUACAUGUUGGUUUACAAAAUAUCAAAGUGGCCCUUGUAUCCUUUCAUAUUUCAGUAUGUGGUCCUCGGUGGAAAAAGUUUAGACAUGUCUGUUAAAACGGUAAAAACAAUACUUUUGUUGGCACAUGUAAAUUGUUGAUGGACUGGUGGUGUCGGGUAAAAUCUUGUGUAAGGUGCCACAUUAAAAGGACCGGUUCUGCUGUCAACCCUCCUGUUUUUCCCGGGAAACUCCCGUAUUUUGCCCUUCUUUCCUGUCACUCUUCCAUUUAAAUGGUUUCCCAUGAAUUUCAUCACCAAAAAGAAACCCUAAAUCCUCUCCGGUACUGCAGGUGACAAUGGUGACAGGAUCCACGCUUAAACAACAGCAGCUUGCAAGGACAAUGUAGGGCACUGGCAGUGGGCACUCAGGUUUUUCCCAGAGAUUUCCAUAAUUUUCCGAAAAAUGGCCUUUCUUUUCAAAUACAAACACUGACCGGUACGAUGACACUCGCACCGUUAGCUGACACUCUCGCGGUUCCGUGGUUCAGUCCCAAUAAUAACAAACACAACCGAGCAGUUCCUCGUCCUGCGGUUUUAGAAGGUUAAUAAAUUUGAAAAAAGACACUGUUGAUUUGUUGUAAUGAUUUAUUAUCAAAGAUGUAAUCUUAGCAGAGGAUUGUUUGACACAUUAAUCAUCAUGUCAACAAAUUGAAAAAGAGAAAAACACUCACUGCUGAAGCAACACGGUACUUCUAAAUAGAUCAUUCCGUUAGUCUUAUCUAACAUUGACGUUUCCGUACAGACACUUGAUGGACAAACAUGAGAAAUAUUUGCUCCGACUUUCAAGAGCAAUCCAAUUAUGUACAUUCUAUUCACAUUCAGUCCAAAUUAAAGCUUUAUCUGUAAAAACCAGUUCAUUGGUACGCUGAAACACGUCAGUCACUUGGCUCAGUGUGCGCACGUGCGCGUUCACGUGUCUACAAGUGUGAGCUGUAGAAGGCAGGUGCAGCGUAGCUCUGUGUUCCCAGCAUGAAUGGAGACAGAACAUGGCUGCUGGUGAGGAAGGGGAG